AUGACCUGCGAUGAUUGGAACAGUUUUAUUCAAGUGAACAUUUAUGGAAAAACCAUAGAAGGACUUCAGCAGCAAGGAGUUGUGUUGGAAACUCUUUUGAACAAUGUCGGCUGCUCCAAGCUUUGGAUUGUGGAGGGAUCCGUGUGCACCAGCUCAACUCCUGAAAGCUCUACAUAUUCUGAAAAACGUACAAUCGAACCAGUUGUUUCACUAAGUACAACUCUGGCCACUAACAAGCUUCCUCGAUUUUCAACUCCUGCUGUCGGCCAUUCAAAAUAUAAUUCUGCAAAAAAUUUCACAUUGAAUUUGGCUGAGAAGCUAUCGGAGAUUCUAUCGGAUGACGAUAAAACUGAUAAAUGCCUGGAGAACUCUUAUCAAUCCGAAACUUCCAGGGAAGACGUGAUUCAGGAUUUGCUCGAAGAAAUGGUACAAACUGUUGCCGAUGUUGAUCAAGCUCCGAUUCUUUUGAGCACAACUCUCGCAAAUAUUGGUGUUCCCCGCUUUUCAACUCCCAUCAAACCACAAAAUGGUUUGGAUCGAAAGUUUACAAUGAACAUGACAGAAAGAAUUUCCGAAAUUGAUUCGAAUUAUCUUGGUUAUGAAGUACUCGACGAUUCCAACAAAAUUUUGACCGCCAACUGCGAGGAAGUCGAAAUGUCGUUGUGUGAGAACAUUCCUGGUGUCAACAAUGCCAGAACUUUCUCAAAUACGCCCUACGACGAUUUUCUUAAUAUUUAUUCGACUCCAAAAAAUCCAAAAUCGAAUUCCAGUGUUCCAUAUCAGGAAGGAAAGAGGAGAAGCUCGAGACGUUUGAGUACUCUGAGUAGUCUCAAGGAAACUGUCAAAAUAGAGCCUGCAGUCUCAAAAUCAACGAAGAGAAGUCGGCUCGCGCCGAUUCAAAUUUUAAGUCAAACUGUGCGUCCUAAUAUUGAACAUACAUUUCCUGUUUCUACAUCAGCUAUUCAAUCAGAUGGUUUUUCGUACGAACAUCCAAUUAAUGAAUAUGGAGAUAAUGAAUCAUUUUCAUCAGCAAAAAGUCAUUGUGAUGAGCCCAGUUUUUGUAAUGCUGUCGACUUGAAGCCAGUUCUGAAAGUUUUGAAUUCUGGAAGAACAGUUUUGACUGGAAGCAUUAUCAGUGAUCAACCUCCAGUCAUAGAACUGUCAAGAGAUCAUAACAUCGAAGGAGUGUUUCAAAAUAAUUUCGUUGACGUCGAGGAUACUAUGUUGAUUGAAAACUAUGAAGAGGUGGGAGCCGAAAUCGUUGAAGUAGAUGAUCAAGAUCAGUAUGAGGUUAUCAGUGAAGAUGAUGAAAAGGAAAAGAGCCCGAUUCCUUCGAAAAAUCGAGUUUCAUUUGCAUUUCCACUUGUUCAAAGUCCCAACAAACAAAAAGAAGAAAUGAAUAAAGUUCAUAACAUUAAAUGCCAUUUUGAUAACUGUAAUCGAAAAAUUCACUGGAAGAUUCGUUAUGGAAAACUUAGACUGGUCGAUCAUGCACUAUCACAUCAAGAGGAAAAAUCCAUUGACUGCCAGAAAUGUGAAUAUUCAUGCCAGACAACUCGACAAAUGCGUUAUCACUACAAAAAGAUUCAUGCAAAUCUGAAAAUGGAAGGCUUCGGAAUUCUCAACAUUCCUCUUCAAAAUACCAAAUUCUCAGAUGUAUGGAAUAAAUGUUUUGGAGAUCAACUGAAAACGAUCGGACCCGUUAGAAAAGCUGAACGAACUCCUCGUCGAAAACUCAAAAGUAUUCGCUUAUAGAAAACCAAAAUCUCUUCUAGAGUACAAGCGGAAGAUGUGAAGAUGUUUUUGUAAGCUCCAUAACUGCUCAUAUCACUAAUUUCAAAUCCAGUUUUAACAGAAUUUAAUGAGCAUCACGACGACACCCUCAUGUACAAUUAUUAUCAUGUUCUAAUUAUUUUGUAGUUUUACAGAAAUAAAAUACAGUGUUUUUUCAG